AUUGUCCUUCUCAUCACUUCUUAAACUAAUCCCUCCAAUUUUACAUAUUAUUUCACACUCCUCUCAAAUCACAGCUAUGCACUCUCAUCUUCUCUCUCUUCAUCUGCUUCUUCCAUUUUCUCUCUCUUUUUCUUCUUCUUCUUCUUCUUCUUCUUCUUCUUCUUUUUCUCUAAACCUAAUUUCCUUGAUCUGAUUCAUGGGUUGUUGUUGAGGAAUUUUGAAGAAGUGGGUAGUUUGAUUUGUUGCAUAUGAGAGUGGAUCAAGCUGAAGAAAUGUCCGAAGACGAAGAUCGAUAUUUAACUUCGGAUCUAGUUGGUGGUGGUGGUGGUGGUGGUGGUGGUGGAGGUGGUGAUGCCAUAGCUGAAUCUGCUAGUAAAACUCGCAAUUGCACAGGGUGUUCUAGUGAUGUUACUGCUUCUGGUUCAAAUACACUUCAUAAUGUUCUUGAGAACGUGCUUCACUUUCUAACUUCACGACGUGACCGGAACGCGGCUUCACUUGUUUGCAAGUCAUGGUAUCGAGUUGAAGCUCUUACUCGAUCCGACCUUUUCAUUGGGAAUUGUUAUGCGGUAUCCCCUCGUCGAGUUACGUCGCGGUUUAAUCUAGUUCGGUCAGUGAGUAUUAAAGGGAAGCCUCGGUUUGCUGAUUUCAACCUGAUGCCGAUCAAUUGGGGGGCUCACUUUACUCCAUGGGUGGCGGCUAUGGCUAAGUCAUACCCUUGGCUUGAGAGAGUAUAUUUGAAGCGUAUGUCUGUGACUGAUGACGAUCUGGCUCUGCUUGCUGACUCUUUUCCUGGCUUUAAGGAGCUUGUGUUGUUUUGCUGUGAAGGAUUUGGCACCAGUGGUAUUGCUGUUGUUGCCGCCAGAUGCAGGCACCUUCGAGUACUUGAUCUGAUUGAAUCUGACGUAGCGGAUGAUGAAGUGGAUUGGAUAUCUUGUUUCCCUGAGAAGGAAACUUGUCUUGAAUCUCUGAUCUUUGAUUGUGUAGAGUGGCCUAUUAAUUUUGAGGCACUGCAGAGGUUGGUGAGUAGAUCCCCAUCGUUGAAGAAGCUUGGGGUGAAUCGUCAUGUUUCCAUUACUCAGCUGUACCAUUUGAUGAUUCGGGCUCCACAUUUAACGCAUCUGGGAACUGGUUCAUUUAGUACUUCAGAGGCUGUGGUUCAUGGGGACUCAGAGCCUGAUUUUACCUCUGCUUUUGCUGCUUGCAAAUCCUUAGUUUGUCUUUCUGGAUUCAAGGACAUUUUGCCUGAUUAUCUACCUUGUAUCUAUCCAGUUUGUGCUAAUCUCACCACUCUGAACUUGAGCUUUGCAAAUAUAACCCCUGAACAACUCAAACCAGUCAUAAGUCACUGCCACAAGCUCCAAACUUUCUGGGCUCUUGAUUCGAUAUGUGACGAAGGACUUCAGGCUGUUGCUUCAACUUGCAAGGAACUGCGAGAACUUAGGGUUUUCCCUGUUGAUCCCCGAGAAGAUGUCGAAGGCCCCAUUUCUGAAGUGGGCUUCCAGGCAAUAUCUGAAGGUUGCAGGAAAUUGCAAUAUAUUCUAUACUUUUGCCAGAAAAUGACCAAUGCAGCCGUAGUAGCUAUGUCACAGAACUGCCAAGAUCUUGUGGUGUUUAGACUGUGUAUUAUGGGACGACACCAGCCAGACCAUAAAACCGGAGAUCCAAUGGAUGAAGGAUUUGGUGCCAUUGUUAUUAACUGUAAGAAGCUAACUAGGCUUGCAAUAUCUGGAUUGUUGACGGAUCGUGCUUUCAGCUAUAUUGGGAAGUAUGGGAAACUGGUACGCACCCUGUCAGUUGCUUUUGCUGGAAACAGUGAUUUGGGGUUGAAGUACGUGCUUGAGGGCUGUCAUAGAUUGCAAAAACUUGAGAUAAGAGAUAGCCCAUUUGGUGAUGGAGCCUUGCGGUCUGGUUUACAUCAUUACUACAAUAUGAGAUUUCUCUGGAUGUCAGCUUGUAAAUUGACUCGCCAAGGCUGCCAAGAGGUUGCUAGAGCGAUGCCUCACUUAGUGGUUGAGGUGAUGAAGAGUGACGAGGAAAUUGAAAACGAUAGUCAGGUGGAGGGUAUGGAGGACCAUGUUCAGGUGCUAUAUAUGUAUAGAUCUCUUGAGGGGCCAAGGAAUGAUACUCCAAAGUCUGUUGACAUCCUAUAGAAUAUUGGACUGCUAGAAGAUUCGACUGUCACUGAGCAAGGUCACAAUUUUGUGCGAUAAGUUUAUUACUUCUUAUCGAAGGCUUAUUCUUCAAUACCCAAACAAAUCAUGUUUACCCGCUGAAGAAAAUUUGGAUGCCUGUUUUUACAUGGGGAAUAUUAAGAUGGUUUUGGGAGCCAAAUGCACAAAGCGAAAACAUCUCAUUUGAGAUAUGGAACUUCCUGAUACUUUGAAAAGUGGUGUAGUUGCUGAGGAUUAAUCUCCUUACCGUUCGUCAGGAGGCAAAUCAAGUUUUCAUAAGUUUGUUUCUAAUUGUUCCGUUUAAUUUCUUCAUUUCAAUAUUUGGUAACUGUAAACCAGAGCUGCUGGAGGAAGCGUGGGUCGUAAAGAGCUGCCUUAAGAGCUUAGAUAUCAAUUAUUGGUCAGUUGUCAAUUGAAUCAAGAAAGAAAAUCAUUUGCAAGGAUUGGAGAAUCUGUCAACUGCAAGAUCUAUGAAUAUCUCUCCAACCAUCUGGCCACCAAUAGGAUUGACACAGGUAUCUUAUUCAGUCCUACAAUAAUCAUUAGUCCAUUUAUUUUGAUUCAAAUGGUUAGUAGAUGUGAAAAUUGAAAGACUCGGCCUCUCUAGCUAAAUGUUGUUUAUUUCUAAUCAGAUUUACCAGUAGUGUAGGCCCCAGAUUAUCGAGUUUACUAUUGUUGUUUAUUAGAAAAUGUGGGAUGGAUGGGGUAAUAAAUGCCACAAACUAUUCAUGGACAGAAUUUCCAUAUAAUAAUGGUACUGUCUCAGCCUUUUUUCCCUUCA